GUCGCAUUUCACUAAAUCAUUUCGUCUUUAAUUUUAUAUUCACUCUUAGUUAUUCACUGGUAUUAAAUCCCACUAUCUUGUUUUUUAAUGAUAACCUAUGAUUAAUCAAACUCCAAUUUUCUUUUUCUUUUUCUUUUGUUAAUUCUCCUUUAGUCAAUCAAAUCCCAUUAUCAUUUAGAUUCAUCUUUCUUAGAAAUGUUAGAAUUGUGCAAAAGGCGUAACAAAAAGGUAAAUGAGACUUUUAUUGAGGGUGUAGAAAUUAUUACUUGGAGUCUUGAAGUUGUUAUAUGAGUUUAUCCAAAUGUGGGACCUAAAAAGUGGGGAAGAAGAUAGUUUGUCCACGAUGUUUAAGAUUACAUGGAAUCAUUCUUUUUAACCUUAAACAUCAUAUCACAUUUGAGGAAGUAUUAUUCUAUUUUACAGCAUAUCCAAACAAAGGUAUUGCACUUACAUAUUAUUCUCACAAAAAGAUGCUUUUGGGGCUACCACAACUGUUCCUAUCAUAGAUUUUAUUGUCCUGUUGUUACGCUCUUUUGUGUCAAUUUACACGUAUAAAAAUUGUCAAUGGAGAAUUACAUAAAAAAGAUUUGGUGGGUUCCUAUUAGUAGGUUCUUAAAUAAAAGUUCCUUUUUCUACUAUUAUUUUUUUUAUUAGGAAACUUAUUUUUGGCCAUCUAGUUGUGUCAAGAACUUUCAUAGACAUUGGAAAUGAAAUUAAUUUAUAAGUGAAAAUAAUUGACAAAAUCAUAGUCUCUUAACUAGGAAAAUCAUCCUUUGAAUUGUUCUAAAUAUUGGUUAACUAGGAAUUGUCCCAACUUUGGCGGUGUCUUAUUCAAGCAGUAUAUGAUCAGAAUUAUUGUGCUUGUGUUAUAUUUUCAUCCGCCUAUCCCUUUUUUCAAACACGCACACACACGACCCACUGACCUGACCUUCACCUUCUAUCUAUAAUGAUGUAAAAGUCAUUACAAAUAGUCAAAGGAUAGUAUGUGAAAAGUGUACAAUCUCAAUUGUUGUGAUAAAAGAAUGAAGGAAGGAAGUAUAUGUACCCGAGUUUUUGGUCAUACAUGCGUCAUUCGGGAGCAAUUAGAGAAGAUAUCUUCGAAGUUGGUACUAGUUGUAGAUAAUCAAUAGAUGACAAUGUUUGAAAAAAAUGGGCUGUAGUGUGAAUAAUAUAUCUGCUUGUGGAGGCAUAUGGUUAAGCUUUAAAAGUCAUCAGAUUUUAGUCAUGGGUGCUGUUGAUAGUCCCAAAACCAAUAAAGAAAAUCCAUUGCCAUCAGAGGCAACGAAGAUCCUUCAGUCAAUAGCUUCAAAAUGGAGUGAUGUAGCUGAUCCAAAUGCUUUACAAGUGAUUCGACUCAAGGGGGCAAUGACCAAUGAAGUAUAUCAAAUCAAGUGGCCAACCAAAGCUGGGGAAAUGUCUCGGAAGGUCUUAGUAAGAAUAUAUGGUGAGGGUGUGGACGUCUUUUUUAAUAGGGAGGAUGAGAUUAAGACUUUUGAGUGUAUGUCAAAGCAUGGCCAGGGGCCUCGUUUAUUGGGGCGUUUUUCAACUGGGAGGAUUGAGGAGUUUAUUCGCGCAAGGACAUUAUCAGCAGCUGAUAUGCGUGAUCCAGAUAUAUCUCCACUUAUAGCUUCCAAACUCAGAGAAUUCCAUGAUCUUGACAUGCCUGGAUCCAAAGUUAUUAAACUCUGGGACCGAUUACGUAAUUGGUUGAAUACAGCCAAACGAUUAUGCUCCCAAGAAGAAGCUGAGGCAUUUCGCUUGAAUGCUCUUGAGGAAGAAAUCUCUGAAUUGGAAAGGAAGCUUACUAGCAAUCAUUGCAUAGGAUUUUGCCACAAUGACCUGCAGUAUGGUAACAUAAUGAUGGAUGAACAAACAAAGUCAAUAACUAUAAUAGAUUACGAAUAUUCUAGCUACAAUCCUAUUGCAUUUGAUAUAGCCAAUCACUUCUGUGAGAUGGCUGCUGACUACCAUUCAGAAACUCCUCAUCUUCUGGACUAUAACAAAUACCCUGGUUUAGAGGAGCGUCAAAGGUUUAUACACAUAUAUCUGAGCUCCUCAGGAAGCCAGUCCAAUGAUUGUGAAGCCGGACAGCUGCUUGAAGAUGUUGAGAAGUAUACUCUUGCAAGCCAUUUGUGGUGGGGACUAUGGGGCAUAAUAUCGCAACAUGUGAAUGAAAUUGAAUUUGAUUACUUGGAGUAUGGAAGGCAAAGGUUCCAACGGUUUUGGCAGAGGAAGUCGGAGCUGUUGGGUUGUUCUUGACCCGCUGCGAUGCUGGCAGAAUGGCAGAUGAGAGUGGUAUAGAGAUUUAAAAGCGAGCAGAGUGCUCUUUUGGCUGAUGGAGGUGUUGAUGACUACUUUGCUUGGUGCUUGUAAUUAGCAAGAAACAUAAACUUUUAUAGGUGUUCUGUGUUCAUACUCUUCGUAGCUUGCCUUGGAGGAGCAUAAAUCAAAAUGCGAUGUAAAUUCUAUGUCUGCAUCCCUGACUAAUCUCUAGUUCCUAGCCAUUUAGUGGCUUCUCUUCGGCAUUUUUGAAUAGUGCAUAUUAAAUGCGUAAAGGCUAACAUACGUACUUUGUCGUUCUCUCUUGUAUUGUAGAUAUGUUUUCUAGUGUGAUAGGUUCAGCUGUAAGCCUGUAACCUUUCUCUUUUGUCUUAAGCAGUUGCACAUACAGUUCGGCAAUUAAGAAUCCUUUUAUCAGUGAACAUUUAGUCUUGCUUAUUA